AAUACCUCAACUGUCAAAGUCAGAAAGAAAAGCGAAACGGCUUGUUGUGUUUGUGGAUAACCUUAAUAGUUUCUUAAAUAAAUAUGAAAGACGUUAUUGAUGUGAUGGCUCUACAAAGCAGCAGACGCGAAAGAAGAUUGCCAGACUACCGAAGUACGUCCGGUCAUAGUAUGGCCACCAACUUUAUAUUUGAGUGCGGCAUUAAACUCGGUUUGCAGCCAGCUACAGUCGCAACCGCUGCAAUAUUUUACCAUAAGUUUUUUAAAGAAGCUGAUAAAAAUGAUUACGACUGCUAUGUUAUAUGUACAGCUUGUCUGUGCGCAGCGGGAAAAUCGCGAGAUGAACCGAUUCGGCUUCGAGACGCAGUGAACGUAGCUCAUAAUUCUAUCAACCGUGGAGCGGGACCUUUGGAGUUAGGAGAAGAAUAUUGGUCAAUGAGAGGCGCAAUAGCUCAAGCUGAACUGCUAGUUCUGCGUUUGUUGGGCUUCAACUUAGAUGUGCCGUCGCCACAUCGAUAUUUGUUGCAUUAUUUACGGUCCCUGCAGGAAUGGUUUCCCGCAUCACAGUGGCGCAGUGCACCCAUAGCUCGCACAGCAAUGGCUUUCUUACAAGACUUCCAUCAUUCCCCUGCAAUACUCGACUAUAGAGCGCCUCAUGUAGCAGUGGCUUGCUUGACAUUGGCACUACAUGUUCUGGGAGUGUCGGUUCCUUUGGCCUCCACACUAGAUGAUGAUGCAGCUUGGUAUUCUGUUUUCACUAAAGAUCUGCAAAAGGAAAAGAAUUGGGAAAUAAUGGAAAAAAUUAUGCAAGUAUAUAGCAGAGAACCAGAACCUAUAUAAAAAUCAUUUCACACAUUUCCUUAUAAA